UGCUGCUACUCGCCCAUUUAGCUACACGCGUUUUUCCCAAAUCGUGCUUUUUUGUGAAUUGUUCAUUUCUUUUGUAAAAAUUACUCACUAAUAUGUUUUGCGACACAAAUCCGAUCGGCAAUGCGUGCAGCUAACAUGAUUUGAGAAUUGCAGGCUACGCGUUCAGUCUCUGGCUGUUCAACUCGAGCCUUUUAAAACCAAAUGAAGUAAUAUACAUAUAUUUACCGUGUGAUGGAUAAAUAAAUAAAUGCGCUAAGAGCUGAUGCACUUUCUGGCGCCAAAGUGCAAAGACACAAAAAAGAUCGAGAAAAAAAAGUAAAAAAAAACGAACAAAAUUCGCCGCGUGUGUGGAAUCUCGGCGACAGAACACCAACACAGCGAUACGGCGUGCGUAACACACACACAUUGAGAACACUCACACAGGAUUGCAACAGUGUGUUCCGUUUCUAUUUCUUUUUUUAUUGUUGUUUUGCGCGCUUGCGUGUGUGUGUGUGUGUGUGUGUGCGUGUGUUCGUUUCUUUUUGGUUAGUUUUCAUUUUGUGUGCCCGUGCCGUUUCAUCGCCGGCUUAAAAUCCAAUAAUGUCAGAGUUUGAGGAUAGGCCACACAAAAAUAGCCAAACAAAAAGGCAACUGCAGCUGCAGCGACACCAAGCCACGACAUUAAGUGCGGGAUCGAGCACACAGCAUCCGCUCACGCCGCUAAUGGAGGCGACCGAGGCCGAGGAGGCGGCCGAAGAUGAUUCUGCUGCCGGCAUAGCCCUCGUCUCCCGCAAAUCUAUCAUGGGAAGGGUGAAGCUGCGCGUUUCAAAUAUCCUGCCAACCUGGUUCUCGCCAACAUCCAAGGCGGCCUCGGAGGCCCAAGAGGAGCAACAACAACAACAGCAGCAACAGAAUGGUACUGAAACCGGAGCAACGUCUCUAACGAGAAGGAAACGUAGACGCCGCUGCAUAGAGCUGGCCGAACCAGAUGGCGAGGACUCACCCGCUGGGGGCCUGCUACCCGAUGUGGAUGAUGGUGCCGCUGCACGUGGUCUGGACUACGAGGAGGUGGCCCUGGCCGACAACAUAGCCGAGCAUGACUUGGUCGCCGAAGAUGAGCAGACGCGACGCAGCGAAUACAAUGUGUUCCCCUUACGCAAACGGCGCGCUGCGAUAAUUGCCGCCGAUGAUGACUUUGAUGACGAUGACGACGAUGUGGCAGAUGGAGACGAAGAUGACGAGGAGGAGGACGAGGACGAUGGUCCAGCAGAUGCGUCUGUCUCUGUCCCGACUAAGCGACGACGUAUAGAACUGGAGACAAGCGUCAAUUUGCCAAGUAUGCGGAGAAUGCCAUUGCCACUGGUUUCCUCUACGCCCGCAGCUGCCGCUGCCGCUUCAGGCGGCCAACAAUUCACCUCAGGAAACUCUCAGGCAGUGGGAGGAACACGCAGUCGUAGCCGUGGCUUGGACCCGAGUGGCGUGGCCCCGCAUCGACGCACCCACUUAAACCUCUAUCACCAGCAGCGCCAGCAGCGUGAGCCGGGCUACAAUUUCUUUGCGGGCAACGAGACGGCCGCCGAGGCCACAACAGGAGAUCUGCCAGUCAGUAUACGUCGAUCGCUGAACAUCCCAGUCAUAGAUUCACCACGCGGUCGCAGCUUCAGCUUUGGACAAACUCAAACCGCCGUGCCAUUGGCCAACCACAAGAGACCUUCUCUGCUGGUGGGGCAGGCUGCCACGGGCCGUGACACAUCCAUCGAUGCGGCACAGUCGGAGAAUGAGCGGAUUGAGCGGCUCCUGAAUAUCUGCAAGUCCAAUAAUAAUAUCAGCAACAACAACAACAACAUUAUCAAAUCGAAGAGAGGUGCCGCCACAACAACAGCUGCAACUGGAGAUUUGGAGAGUGAACUGCAUGAAUAUCCAGAGGUAGUGGAGACAGCCGAUUCCUAUCCCUACUGUCACAACAGCAACAGUAAUCUAUCGUUCUAUGGGAAUUUGCAGAGCGCCAAGUCAAUAUUUAAUUCUACGUGUUCACUGAAUGCGCUAAAUAGGCGGAAGCGCUUCAAUGCCUCCAUCUAUGGCAGCUCCUCGGCCUUGAGCGACAGCCGCCUGUUGACACGCAGUGCUUCCGCUUCGGCCUGUGGCUCCGGUUCAACAACAAUUUCGCCCUUCUACAAGGGUCAGACCACAUUCGGCGGCAAUUCAGCACACAAUCGAAUCUUCGGCCAGGGUGCUGGCUCAGGCGGUGGCGCUGGCGGUUCCUCCUCUUCGUUGGCCAUGAACUCGGGCGGCAGUUCGCCGGCCGCUCAUCAGGCUGCGUCCGGCAAAACCGCCUACGGCAUGAAGCCAUUGGCCAUGCGACCCAGCCAGCUAACAGAGAGUCAGCCAACCACAUCGGCCGUGGACAGCAUCGCCCUCUCGAGCACCACAAGUCGCAUCCUUAGCCUGCUGGAGAGCUACUCCACGCCACUAAUUGAUGUCAAGCGGCUCGGAAACACACUGAAGGAGCAGCAGAAGCAGCAGCAGCAGGCAAAUAGCAACCAGCGGCUGCAGCGUGGCUCCAGCAAUCCCAAUCAUUUUAUUUCGCACACAGAACAGCUGCAGCAGCAGUCGACGCCACAAAGUCUUCUGGCUCCAACGAUGCAGCACGUACUCGAAAAGCGUCGCCUGCAUCGUGUCAGCAAAAACUGGAAGAAAUUGGUCACGCCAAAGGUGCCAAAGGCACCAUCGUCCGGAGGGUCAACCACAAUGGCCCUGGCGGCUCUGCCAGCCCGCCAAUCGCCCAAUAAUAGUCACACGAACAAGAUGCGUUCCCGACUGAGUCACCAGUCGGCGCGCAAGGAGCCCCGCGAAGACACCGAACUGGCACCCGAGCCACUCGACUUGCCGAUUAUCAACUUCCCGGCCAUGGCAAAUACACCGACAUUUGAUUUGGUCAUCAAGCCACCGCCGCCGUCGACACCUGCGACACUGCCAUCAGUGGCGGCAAACACAACGGAGGAUCUACAGAUACGCCCCAAGCCCCAACCAGCAUUCCCAAUGCCUGCGGUUAACUUUGUGGGUGCAACAGCAACAGCUGCACCAACAACAACAGCUACAGCCACAACUAUAGCCAAUUUCAGUGGAAGUGGCAGUGUCAGUGUCAGUUCCGGCUUGCUGACUGGCGGCGCAUCAGGCGUUUCAGAACGUAGCUACAGCUUUGGUGAGCCCAUACCCAUACGAGGGGAAACUGCAAGUGCUGCAGACCAAUUGAGGAGCACACGCAAUUUCUCGUUUCCAGCGCCAUCGACAUUGGAGAGGCAACAGCAGUCGCUGCCAAUCAUGAACGGACCCUCCACCGUUGCAGCAGCGCAUAAUCCAAGCAGCAGCAACCCAGUGGAAGGCGGCUUUAGCCAGCAGUUUAGAAAAUCAGCCACUGAAUGGGAGUGUGAUGUGUGCAUGAUCCGAAAUAGAUCAGAGCUAGUGAAGUGUGCAGCAUGCGAGACGCCAAAGCCUUCCAAGGCUACUCAAGCAGAUGCAGCGGCAACUCCGACUUCAACUCCAACUGCAGUCCCAUUCUCUGUUGCCAGCAGCGGAUUCGGAGAUCGUUUCAAGAAGUCAUCGAGUGCCUGGGAGUGCGACACGUGCAUGGUGUCCAACAAGAACGAGAAUAGCAAGUGCGUGGCCUGCGAGACACCGCGCCAGGGAGCUGCAGCAGCCGCCAGCAAGACAACCACCGACUGUUUCUCAAUUACAAACAGUCCGGGGGGCGGCUUCGGCUCUGGCUCCGGAUCGGGCUUCUCAACAUCCAGUUCGAGUUCAGGGUUUGGGCAGGCGUUCAGGCCCAAGGCCAACACCUGGGAGUGCCAGACAUGCCUGGUGAUGAAUCAGACGAGUGCCGUCGAGUGCGUCGCCUGCCAGUCGCGCAAUCCCAGUGCCGCCAGCAGCGAGUCCAGCUCGAGCUCCUCAACAAGUAAUCCUCCAACCAAUGUCUCUUCGAGCACCAGCAGCACCAUUAACACCAGCUUCAAGUUUGGCUUCACCCCAGAGCAACAGAAACAGCAGCAGCAGCAGCUGGCAGGAGUCAAACAGGAUGUCGGUUUCCAGAAUCUGGUGGCUGCCCAGAAGGCAGCUAAUUGGGAGUGCGAGACAUGCAUGGCCAUGAACGAUCAGGCGCUCUCCAAGUGCUGCUGCUGUGAGCAACUGAGGCCGGGUAGCGACGACAACUGCAAAUCCUCAUUCAAUGCCACUCACCCAGUGCCUACGUUCACGUUCGGGUUUGUACCAAAAGCAAAAGAAACAGCACCAGUCCAGCCAGUGCUGCCGGUAAUGCCAGUGCUGCCAGCUGCAGUCCUGUCAACGUCAAACGCUGCGCCACAGUUCUCCUUUGGCUUCGGUCAGAGCAAGGAUGUGGCAGACAGCAAUAACGCUUCGAUGGGAGGAUUCAAGUUCGGAGCCCCAGCCCCAGAUCCAGCUCCAGCAGCCACCGUCACCGCCAGCCAGGAGGAGCCAAAGUCAAUCGAUCUAAGGGCUACAAUGCCAACAGCCACUAAGGCUACAUCCACCACGGGUAUCGAAACAGCAGCAGCGGCCACCGCUAGCCAAUUUUCAUUCAGAGCUCCCACCACCACAUCGACAGUGCUGUCCUCCAGCAGUGACACUUCCAUCCCUGCCGCUACCGCUGCAGCUGCCCCCGGCGUAAGCGCCACCACCACUGUCACGAGUCAAGGGUUCAGCUUUGGUACUCCAUCAGCAUUACCCUCAUCCUCAUCAGCUGUGUCCAGUUCGACGCAUACUUCGGGCAGCAACUCUAGCGUCACCAGCGUGAUUAGCUCCAACGUGAAGCCCAUGUUUAGCUUCAGCGCACCCGCCACCACGCCCAGCGGUGUAAGCAGCAGCACGACGGUGACGACGGCAUCUGUGGGCUUCUUUGGAUCUGCCACAACAACUAGCACAUCUUUUGCUGCCACUCCAGCUCCAGCUCCAGCAUUAGCUGCCGCUGCGCCUGCGCCAGCGGUAGGUUUGUUCAGCUUUGGCAGUCUAUCUUCAGCUAGCUCCACAACAAAAGCUGCACCUAGCAGCAACACCAACGCCUUCUUCUUUGGCCAGACUCCGACUUCGACGGCAGCGCCAAGCUCAAGUGCGACGGGCUUCAUCUUUGGUGCAGCAGUAACUUCAGUAGCCUCGGGCAACAACAACAGCACGUCCAUUAGCUUCAGCAGCAGCACCACCACCACCACUGCAGCUCUAGCUUCAGCGGCAGCUCCAACUCCAGUGACGUUCGGAUUUGGAGAGAAGAGAGCGGCAUCGGGUGCACCCGCAAACAGCUUGACAAAGCCCGUAAGCUUUGGCUGGCCCAGCGCCAGUGCUAGCGCUGGCUCCAUACCCAGCAAUGGCAGCGUAGCACCGACCACCGCCACCGACAGCAGCACCAACACCAACACCAGCCUCCCGACGGUGGUGUCUGGCAGCUCUGUUUUCGGUAGUGGAUUUGGUACUGGCUUCGGCAGUACAACGGCCGCCAGUACGCCAGCACCAACUGCGGCAGCGUCUUCAGCUUUUGGCGGUAAUGGAGCACUCCCCACUACGGGCUUCGGCUUUGUGGGUAACUCAAUGGCACCCCAAUCUUCGCCUGCGCCUGCAUCCGGUGGCCAGGCUUCUAUAUUCAACAAUGCCAUCACGCCUGUCUUUGGUGGCAGCAAUGGAGGAGGAGGAGGAGGAUUCGGAAGCACUGGAACAGCUGCAAAGCCAGCAUUUAACUUUGGAGGCCCACCGGCUCUUUCCCAGUCGACGACCACAUCUGCACCAGGACCUUUCAACUUUGGUGGCGGCGGGGGCGGCGAUACCGGGGGCAAAGAGACAUCCUCUAAGCUGGCCUUUAAUUUUACGGGCUCGGUUUCGGUGUCUGCCGCAGCCGCUACACCACAGGCGACGCCGGCCUUUAACUUUUCCGCCGGUUCGGCGACUGCAAAUUCCCUUGCAUCGGGCGAUCAGCGUGUCUUCCAGUUCGGUGCUGCUCCUGCUGCUGCUUCUGCUCCUGGCAUAGCUACCGGGCUCGGUGCUGGUGGCGCAAGUGGUUCGCCAAUGUUCAAUUUUACCGCCACAUCGCCGCCGCAAAUGCAGAUGCAGCUUCAAUCCACCUCCAGCUGGCAACGCCGCCCAGAAUUCACAGAUGGUGCGCCGCAAGAUUCGCACCCCUGUGCGCCGUUUGCCGCCACGGUAGAAGUGGCAUCGCAGGCCUCCGAAACAACAUCUACUGAGGCUGCCGCCGCCGUCCCCGCCAUCGCUGUAGGUGGAGGACUCGUUUACAACCACAUGAUUAAAGAACACGAACAGCCACAAGCACAACGAAUGGGAUUGCAACUAGAAGACAUAAGGCAAACCGGACAGGUGCCGCAGGAGGAUGACGAGUUCGAGGCAGAGGAGGAGCUUGUGACGGACAACGAAAGCAGUGACAUACCUUUCGAGGCAUCAUCUGUUGGUCCCCACAGACGGAGUCCGCACCUUCACGACCGAACCCAGCAGCAGUUCCCCCACGUUUCCAAAUAUCGUUUCGUCCGCAGCGUCACGGAUACCACCUCCACCUGCGCCUCUACGGCUGGAACCGCCACCAUACCGGAUGGAGAAACCACAACCCCCAUGUUAAACACGGCAGCCGCCAAGCUGACCAGACAGAAACGAUUCGGAGUGUUGCACAGCAAGCGCAAUACACGCAGCAGAGUCAACACCAUCAUGAGCAACAGAAGCCACAGAGGAGGUGGCAUAAAGAGAAUCAGCUACCGGCAGCGCUACAACGAUAUCGAGGGAGCAGGAACGGGAACUGGAACAGGAACAGGAGUAGGUUCCGUCUCGGUGCCCCAUGUUCUGCGCAGCCGCUACAAACUGGUGCGACGCCGAAGCAACAAUGAAGCAAUAGCACCCCUGACUGAAACACAGCAGCCGUAAAGGAUCGCUGGAGGAUGACGAGACACGCAGUCACGCUUACAACAGUUACGGUAACUGGUAACCAGAAGCAGAUGCUGAUGCAUUUUUCGUAGUCCUCUCUCUAAAACACACACACACACACGUGCACACAAAAUUUGUUUAAGUUAAGUUAAUAUGUUGGUUUUAUGAGCACGGACCCUAUCAUCAAGCAGCUAUCGUGUCUCUUUUCUAGUUUGUUAUGGAUACAUUUUUUGCUCAUUUUUUUUUGUUGAUUUAAAUAUAAAUAUGUGUAUAUCUUCUAUGCAUGUAUAUAUAACAUCGAUCGUGAGACCAUAUUCUGCUUACUACACAUUUGUUUGAAGCAGUGGAAAGGAAAGAGAACAGAACCGCAUUGCUAGUUUUGUAUUAGCUUUUGUUCUUCAUUUUUAGAUUUAUAAAAUGGAAUUCGCUGAACGAAUUGUCUAUACAGAACAGCAACAGCCACAACAGCAGUAAACCAACAAAAUACAGAAAACAGAAACUAUUUAGAAACGUAAAUUAAGCGAAACAAAAAACCUAUAGCUACCGAUAAGGAAAAUUAAGAGAACCGUUUAAAGAGAGAGAGAGAGAGAGAGGGGGUCUAGUUGCAAAGUGGCGAAAAUAGUGAGCAGAAGAAACAGUUAUGAUGAUUAUGAGCAUGUUUUAUAUAGCAUACAUACACAUGCAUAUAUACAUACAUAUGGAAAAAAUUAUAAUAUUUUAAUAUAAUUUUUAAUUGAUCAUUUGUAAGUCGCGGGAAAAACUGAGUUGUUGAAAUCGGAGAGAAUUCGUUUUAAGGAACGGUAUCGUAAUGUAAAUAAGUAAAUAUAUGCGGUAUGAUAAUUAAAA